AUGACAGCAUUUUUCAAUGUCCCUUCUGGGCCACAACCGCGCCUUAAUCCCGAGCGGAACUUGACAGAACGAACAGCAUACGUUCUGUUUGCGUAUCGUACCUUUCCUACCGUGAGCAGCAAUCGCAUGCGUCAGGAUACGAAGGGCAACAUCGUUGACGAUGUUGCGAGCUGGGGAAGCUUAGAAGAUAUCCACAACUCAAACCACAACUUGACCGGUAGCCUCGGUGGUUCUGGUGGCUAUAUGGCUAAUGCGCCCAUGUCUGCUUUCGACCGCUUAUCUGCUAUUUGGCAAAAGCGGUCCUCGAGGGAGAAUCCGGCAAAGACACCUGGGCUGUGUAAAGAAAGGUUGGCUGGGGGGUCGUCGGCAGUACGAAACCAGGGCGACGGAAAACGCUGA